AUGGCACUUAAUACACGAAAACACCACCCCAUCAUCAAAAUUAUUAACUCCUCCUUUAUUGACCUUCCAACCCCAUCAAACAUCUCUGCUUGAUGAAACUUUGGAUCACUAUUAGGCCUAUGCUUAAUUAUUCAAACCAUUACAGGACUCUUUCUAGCCAUACACUACACCCCAGACAUCUCUUCUGCAUUUUCAUCUAUUGCUCAUAUUCAUCGGGAUGUUCAAUAUGGAUGACUUAUUCGUAACCUACAUGCUAACGGCGCCUCCAUAUUCUUCGUCUGCAUCUACCUACACAUUGGACGAGGCUUAUAUUAUGGCUCAUACAUAUAUAUCGAAACCUGAAACAUCGGAGUUCUCCUUCUACUUCUCGUAAUAGCAACAGCCUUUUUAGGCUAUGUACUACCUUGAGGCCAAAUAUCAUUUUGAGGUGCCACCGUCAUCACCAAUCUUCUUUCCGCAAUUCCCUAUAUUGGCACCUCCCUCGUCGAAUGAAUUUGAGGCGGAUUUGCAGUAGACAACGCAACCCUUACCCGAUUUUUUACUUUCCAUUUUUUAUUACCCUUUCUUAUUAUAGGCACCUCCAUGGUCCACCUCCUCUUUUUACAUGAAACAGGGUCAAACAACCCAACAGGCUUAAACUCCAACACAGACAAAAUCCCAUUUCACCCAUACUACUCCUAUAAAGAUCUAUUAGGCGCUAUAUUAACCAUUGCACUCCUCCUUUCACUAGCUCUUUUUGAACCCAAUCUAUUAGGUGAUCCAGAAAAUUUUUCCCCAGCAAACCCCUUAAUUACCCCACCACAUAUUAAACCAGAAUGAUACUUCCUCUUUGCCUAUGCAAUUCUACGCUCAAUCCCCAAUAAACUAGGCGGUGUCUUAGCCUUACUCUUCUCAAUCCUAAUUCUUUUAAUUGUACCAAUAACCCACCUUUCAAAACAACGCACUCUAGCUUAUCGCCCCCUAUCUCAAUCUCUUUUUUGACUUCUAAUUGCCGAUAUUAUUAUUUUAACAUGAAUUGGAGGACAACCAGUAGAACACCCAUUUAUUAUUAUUGGCCAACUAGCCUCCAUCUUAUACUUCACUAUUUUCCUCAUCUUAAUGCCAGCACUAGCCCUAAUAGAAAACAAGAUUCUUAAA